AUGAAAGAAGAUGUCCAAGAAUAUGUAAGUUUAUAGAAAUACUAUUAGUUAAUGGGUUGCAAUAACAAAAUUUAGUAUAAUUACAUAGGUGAUUAUUGAAAAUUCUCCACGCUGAUUGGUUGCCGUUGAGGUGAUUAUCACGCGAUAAUCACCUAAGCGAUUUUUAAAAUGGCGGCCGAAGCCUUUUUGUCAAUUAAAUGACGAAGAAAUGUGUAUUUUCUUAUUUUUCCAAAUAAUCACCUAUGAAAUUAUACUAAAACAAUUAUUCGCCUCAGGCUCGGUGAUUAUCGUGAAUAAAAACCUCGACUUCGUCUCGGUUUUUAUUCACCGAUAAUCACCUCGCCUUCGGCGAAUAAUUGUUAAGUAUUAAUCCAUAUUACUUGUCAGGAGAUAAUCGUUCUAAGAAAUUACAGGCGUGCUUUUACUAAACAGUGGAUAUUUCUAAUAUAGAUCACAUCAUGUCAUCAAUUCCAGAUUUAUAGCAAGCUAAAAACACAAGCGCUAGAGCUUAUCCCGAUAAAAGUGAAUGAGGCAUUGGAGUUAGUUGGAAUAGAUUUGAUUGGUGAGUACAAGCAGGAGUUAAAAUGAAAUUCUUUUUUAUACAGUGUAGCUUAGUUUCUUCCAUUAUCCAGUAAUGCCUCAUUAAUUAAAAUGUUUCAUUAUGCUUUCAAGGGCCACUGCCAACAACUGCAGAAGGUUACAAGUAUGUAUGCACCUUCAGAGACCAUUAUACAAAAUUUGUGGAUUUUUUUCCCAUCAAAAGCAAAGCUGCAGAUGGUGUUGCAAAAUGCAUAAAGAAAUUUACGUGCAGGAAACUUAUGGAACAAUUUACUAUUGAUUGGGUUGUGAACUAUUGUGUACUAAGGAAGAGGUUAUUUGGCUGGCUCAGAGUGACAAAACGUAACGACAAAGCAACGGUUUACGAACACCAACUCUAUUCCAAACAUUAACUCUAACCUUAUCCUACUCCAAGUUUGAUUCUAAACCAAUCUUGAAGAAAACAUGUUUGACGAAAUGUCAUUCUGAGGUCAGCGAAUUAACUUCUUCUGUGUACUAAAGGGUGUGAAAAUAUGAAAAUUACAUCUAGCAAGAAUUUGGGUUUUUUCAUUAUCUUUAUGUGGGGUGCACCUGCACCGCUGCUGUCGGGCCAGGGGAGAGAAUUUGUAGCAAAAGUGAAUGAUGAAGUCUGCAGAGAAUUUGGCAUCAAACAAUCAGUGACCAAUGCCUAUCAUCCUCAAACAAAUGGCUUGGACGAAAGAACAAACCAAACAUUGAAGCAAAGUUUAUCUAAACUUGUGAAUGAGCAUCAGAAUAAUUGGUGUGACUUUCUGGAUAAAGUUGCUUAUUCCAUUAGAACGCAGAAGCAAGCUUCGACAAAAUACACACUAUAUUUUAUUUGAUGUUUGAUUGAAAUCCAAAUUCAGCUCAAAUGGUAUUUAAAAUAUAAUACAUUAUAACUGUAUAUGUUUCAUACUUGAAUAACUUAAUUGAAUAGUAGGCGCCCUACAUUCAUUUUUGUUUUGCUUUUAAAUUGGCACCUUUUAAAAGUUAGGAGACUCUGCGGUCUGCCGAAAGUUAUUUUGACAACAUCUAAAUGAAGUUCAUUCACUUCAUGUAAUAACAAUUAAAUAAAACAAAAAGUGCAAACAAUACUUAGCUGGCAUUGCCGUAUUAAAACGAAUUUACGGCUGUACACACGCUACCGUUUCAGAGAGAUAAAGAUAUUUAGCCUCUCUUUUUUCCUCAGCUAGUGUAAAAUAACACCCUUUUUAUAAAUGGUGCAACAUGUUUUGUACUCAUGCAAAAUUGUAAUUGCUUAUAGAUUACAGUUGUGGAGGGUAAUUCAUCUGCUCCUGAAAGAACAGAAGACCUGCUGGACCACGAAACUGGUGAAAGGAUAGCAAAAUCUGAAGCCACUCGCCAGCAAGUAUGUACAAUUAGAAGAAUUAGCCCUUUAGUGCACAAUGGUAAAAAUACAUUUAUUUACAAUUGUUGUACCUUUUGUGUAGGUUCUGAGCAAUGUCGAACUCGCUCAAGAAAAACAGAAAAUACAGUAUGAAAAGAGAAAGGCGAAGGGAGUGAAAACUUUUGAAAUUAAAGUUGGUGACACAGUUUAUAAACGACAGAUGAAAAACGUAUCCAGGAAAGGUGGAAAGAUGGAACCUGGUUGGAUGUGCCCAUAUAGGUACUAAAAUAAAUUAACCAUUAUAAUGCAAGACCCUUCCCUCCAGGUGAUCUGACGGUGAGCAAAAGGACUGGGAUUAGCAACAGAAUAGAAAUCCAGUUUCUUACCUUUAAUCAUGUGUCACGCCCUAAAUGAUAUAUCAUGCAUCAUCACUGAAAGCUUCCUAACCCCAAAAUAGUUACCGUAUCUUAAGUCACUCACAGUGAGGCUGAGUAAUUUCAUUCAGGAAAUUAACUACUUUUAUCACUGUUUAAGGGUCACAGAAAUUGACAACAUGCAAAGGGCAACCCUUGUUCCCUUUAAGGAUGAUAAGGAUGAUCCCUUUAACGAUAUCAGCAACACUGCUGCCCCAGCAAAGGGUAACAGCAAAAAAGUUAAAAGAGGUCGCAAACCCAAUGGUGUGUGGAAAUGCACAGCAAAUGGAAAUCCUGAAGAGUUGGUAUUAACCAUAAUGGAAGAAGACUACUGGCUUACCGAUGAACAUAUUGACCAUGCACAAUGGUUAUUGUCAAAACAAUUCCCAGACUCAAAAGGGCUACAUUCAGUUUUGGCCUUGGAAAGCAAACCCCCUAAAGUCCAGAAAGGUGACAAAGACUUUGUUCAAAUACUACAUGUUGGAGGAAAUCACUGGUUAAAGUCUUCGAUUCUCUUCGUCAAAAACUUUCAAAGAAAGAGAAACAAAAUUUUGUUCAUGCUUAGCAGAGCUGCUCAACACCAGCUCAUCAAAUAUGGUCAUUGAGUGGCCAUCAAUGCAAAGACAAAGAGGUGAAUCCGAUUGUGGCCUUUUUUGUGGCAGUUGCAACUAGUCUUCUCAACGGAGAAGACCCAGGUUCCAAGAGCUAUGACCACAGUGUCAUGAGAGGACAUUUGGCUGUUUGCUUCCACUGCGAAGAAUUGGCUGUAUUCCCAGCAUCAUCAUCAAAAUGUGUGAAUAAUGAUAAAAAGGAAGAAACUAUUGAGGUACAGUAUUCUGCCAUUGCAGAAUGCCAUUCAAAAAUGGUGAUUUCAUGA